AUGGCUCAUCGCGACUUUCCUGUAGACAUCACUUUUACACUGGACCCUUACAGAUCGUUAUAUGAUGAGAUAAAGGAGGAAAUAGACAACUGUUGUAAAUAUGGAGAAGAUAAUGGUCUGAUGCUGUCCACACCCGAAGACUGCACGCUUGAAGGAACGCCAGACACUUCCCGGUAUGAGGGUGUUUGCAAGCUAUCCAUGGAUAGGUGUUGCAAGGAGGUUUUACAAAAGAAGAAUGAAUGCGAUUUUGGGGUCAACUUUACACUUACUUCGAUGCAGUCUUGUGACGAACUCAACGAUACAGCACAGAUGUGCUGCCAUGAAUGCAGAAGGGGAAGGGAGUUCAUCUCGCACGAACCAGAGAUCUGCGCAACAGAGUUGCCGACAGGCAACAAAUCGGAUCACCUGCUGUCUGGGAAUGCCUUUAGGAAAUGCUGCGAGGUAAUUCUUUUUUUUUCAAGGUUCCUUAAGCUUUUCGCCACCAUUGACUUGAUAUGA